UUUUUUGGGUUUACUACCCGUUGUUUUGAGUUGUGAAAGACAAGCAAUUUUGGUAUGUGCUGGCCACCAUACUUUACCGACUGAGUGCUGAACGUGUGGUAACCGAGGAUACAGCGACUUGAAACAGGUAUCUCGAUGGCAUCAACAAUGAUCUCCGUCCACACCACGGCCUCCCGCUUCGCCCUCCUCCAGAUAGACUCUGAUUCGGACUCUGAAAAUUCAGAGACUGGCAAGUCUAAAAGCGGGCGUGAAUCAGUGAAGUCUCGGACGGGAAAGGGUGGGAAGGCCAUCCAGGGAAACGACAAGAAGAAGGAGAAGAGAAAGAAAAAGAAAGAGCAGCAACAGACCGAGGCCAACGAGUUACGGAGUCUCGCCUUCAAGAAGCUCCCUCAGAAGUCCACCGCCCUGCCCCCCGCCCUGUCGCUGCAGACGGUAGCCAAUGAGCUGCUAAACCCAUUGUCAGGUGACCAGGCCACGCCCCCUGAAGGUUGGCAGAAGUGGAAGCAGCGGGACGAUCAGUUGACCAGUGAGCUGUACGAGGCAGACCUAGAGAAGGCCCUUAUUCUCAGUAAACUGGAGUUUGAGCAAUGCAAGGACGACGGUACAGACACAGCCUCUCCCAAGGCCAGAGGAGGAGCAGCAGCAGGAGGAGGGAAAAAGGAGAAAAAGAAAAACCAGCAGGGGAAAGACAAGAAGAUGACGGUCUCUCUGAAGGACUUCCAGGCGGAGGGGAACCUAGAACAGCUGAAUAAAAAGCAGGAAAAAGACGAGCUCAAACCGGCCAAUCCGGCACCCCCAGAAGACCGGUUCUUCAACAAGCUGGAGGACGACGUGAUCAAGAUCGUCCAGCAGGAGAAGAGACGGGAGCAGUUCUCCACCAGCGGCGGCCAGGAGGUCACCACCUCCACGGAACACGAACCGGACCCCCGAGCAGAGCAACUGAAGUACAACCUGGAGAAGAAGGACCAGGAGAUAGAAAAGCUGAAGAAGAUCAUCUCACAGUGGGAGGUUAAAUACAAGGAAGUGAAGGCCAGGAACUCCCAGCUGCUGAAGAUGCUCCAGCAGGGAGAGAUGAAAGAUAAAGCAGAGAUCCUUCUACAAGUGGAGGAGCUUCUAAACAUCAAAGAAGAGCUGUCCUCACAGGUGACGUCACUUCACGCCUCGUUGGAACAGGAGAAAUCAAAAGUGAAAGGUUUACAAUCCGAACAGCCGAAACAUCAGGGCAGAGAGGAAGUCAGACAGGAAGUCAGACAUGGUAGGCCAAGGGCAACAGGAAGGGCAAGAAGGGCUUGGAGUCGGAUCUAUGAAUGCGUCGGAGAGAAGGAACUUAACUGACUACAAUAACAAUUACAAACGAAUCAAGACACUCCUCUUCUCCUGCUCCUUGAGGGUUUUUACGUUCUCCUGUCACCGCAUGUUCAUGCACUCUGCAUGUCCCACAGUAUCGAAUACAAGGGUAAAUAUACACACGCGAUAAGUACCCUGACACCUAGGGUGUGUGGCAUUGCAAAGUGCAAGUACAGGCUUUUUAAAAGGUUGCUCUAAUUAAACACUUGAGUUUGAUGAUGGUGGGCGUGGUUUGAUGUCACCAUGACUCCUGUUCUCUUCGGAUUUGGUGUACAACACUCUUAAGCCUCACCCCUACCUUCCUCUACUCUGGUUGGUUGGUUUGAUGCCAAAUGACAGGUGUGAAAUGUAUGUUUUUUUUCUCCACUGUAUAAAGUCAAUAAACUUCUUUUUCAGUGUAUCAAC